CCUCUGCUUUAUGCUUCUGAGGAACCUAUCCUAUCAAAUAUAAUUCCGCCCAUAUCUAAUAAAUAAAUUUAUGGCUUGAUACAUGGCUUCUACCUCUUCUUCUGUUACUGCUUCGCCAUCACCAACUCAGGGAUGGGCGUAUGAUGUUUUCUUGAGUUUUAGAGGUCCAGAUACUCGUCACACUUUUAUAGAUUUCUUUUAUGAGUCGUUAGAACGUAAAGGGAUUCGCACUUUCAAAGAUGACAAUCGACUGGAAAAAGGAGACUGCAUCUCCCCGAGUCUAUUAAAAGCUAUUAAAGAAUCACAGUUUUUGAUUGCAGUCUUCUCCAAAGGCUAUGCAUCAUCAAAAUGGUGUUUGGAAGAACUUGCAACAAUGAUGGAAUGCCAUGAAAAGUUCAAAAACCAAAUUGUGGUGCCAAUUUUCUACCACGUGGAGCCUUCAGAUGUCCGGAAUCAAAAAGGAAGUUUUGAAGAUUCGUUCAAAGAAUUGGUUGAAAAAAUUGGCAAGGAUGAUGAGGAGAAGGUAAGAAGAUGGAAGGUAGCCUUAAAAAAGGCUGGCGAACUCAAAGGGCAUCAUUUGAUGAAUGACUAUAACGGAUUCGAAGCAACGUGUGCAGAAAAAGUUGCUGCCGACAUAGAUGCUAGAUUGAAUCAUGCAUCGCUAGCCUUUGAGAAGAACUUAGUGGGGUUGGAAUCUAGAGUUAACAACAUUAUUAACUGGUUGAGAUUGGCAUCUGAUGAUGAUGAUGCUGAUGCUCGGUUCAUUGGCAUUUGUGGUAUGGGAGGUAUUGGUAAGACAACAACUGCAAGGGUUGUUUUUAACAGAUUUUCACACCAAUUUUAUGGAGCUUGUUUUCUUGCCGAUGUUAGACAACAUAAUGCCAUUGAUGAAUUGCAAAAGACCCUUUUAACAAAAAUCCUAAAGGAAAAAUCAGAAGUAGAAAUAAGCAAUGUGGAUGAGGGAAAGGCGAUGAUAGUGAAGAGGCUUAAAGGGAAAAAGGUUUUGAUUGUUCUUGAUGAUGUAGAUGACCAGCUGAAACAAUUAGAUGAAUUAGCUGGUGGUCGAGAUUGGUUUGGUAGGGGUAGUAGAGUAAUUAUAACCACAAGAGAUGCAGGAGUAUUGCGUUCCCAUGGAGUUGAUGAAAAGUAUAUAUACCACGUAGAUACAUUGGAAAAGCAGGAAGCUAUUCAACUGUUUAGUUUGCAUGCCUUUAAAAAUGAAUCUAAGACUGGCAUGGAAGAACUCUGUGGAUCAGUUGUGCGCUAUUGUGAAGGUCUUCCAUUAGCUCUUAAAGUGUUAGGCUCUCAUCUUUGUGGAAAAAACGCUGUCAACCGGAAAACCAUCUUGAAGAAACUCGAGGAUGCUAACUCCCCCCACACCCCCAAAGAUAAAAUUCUUAAGGUGCUCAAGAUCAGUUUUGAUGGAUUAGAUCCCGAGAACAAAAAUGUGUUUUUAGAUAUUACAUGUUUUUUCAGAAAGUGGAGGGAAGAAUAUGUAAAAGGUGUGCUUGACAGUGAUCUAUGCGAGCUCAUUGAAAAAUCUCUUAUAUCAGUCCAAAAUGGAAGAAUUGAGAUGCAUGAUAGAAUCCAAGAAAUGGGUCGGUAUAUUGCAAGCCAGGAGAAACCUUGGAGGUUAUGGCAGCUUAAGGAUGCUGUUAAUGUGCUAAGCGGAAAAAUGGAUCAUAAAGACAUAGAAGGUAUUAGCUGGUCUACAUGCUUUAGUCAUGUUAGUGGCUUGGGUCACCGUCCCGUUAAAAUUAGUUUUAGAGAGAUGAUAAAUUUGAAGAUGUUCAAAGUUGAUGGUUAUGGUAAUGAUUUCCAUGUCACGGAUAAUGAUCUUCCUAACAGUUUGAGGUGGCUUCAAAUUAAAUACUAUCGUUUCGCUUCAUUACCAGAAAGCUUUGCGUCAUCGGAGCUUGUUGGUCUUUCUUUGCAGCACAGUUCUUUGCAGAAUUGGAAGAUAACUCAGAAAUUAGACAAAUUGACCCUUUUGGAUCUUAGCUGGUCCACGUCUUUGUUAGAAACCCCAGAUUUUGAUUGGAUGCCAAAUUUGAGGAAAUUAAACCUCGGAUGCUGCAUGAAUUUAAAAGUGGUCCACCCAUCUAUUGGAAAUCUUAGCAAGCUUGUUUUAUUGGAUUUAAGUAGAUGCAGUGAUCUUGAGAGUCUUCCUAGCUUCAAUCAAGUUUCAUCUCUCAACUCUCUUGAUCUUUGUGGAUGCAUAGAACUAAAGAAUUUUCCAGAAAUUAAGGAAAGAAUGCCAUAUCUAGUGGAGUUGGAAUUAAGAGAAGUUGGAAUCAUAGAACUCCAUUCAUCGAUCCAACAAUUGCAAGGCCUCACUAAGCUAUAUUUGGAUGAUUGUGAACAUCUUGUAUGUCUUUCUAACGGCUUCUGUGAGCUGAAAAAUCUAGUGGAAUUGACAUUAAGAAAAGUUGGAAUCAUAGAACUCCCUUCAUCGAUCCAACAAUUGCAAGGCCUCACUAAGCUAUAUUUGGAUAAAUGUGAACAUCUUGUAUGCCUUUCUAACGGCUUCUGUGAGCUGAAAAAUCUAGUGGAAUUGAAAUUAAGAAAAGUUGGAAUCAUAGAACUCCCUUCGUCGAUCCAACAAUUGCAAUGCCUCACUAAGCUAUAUUUGGAUGAUUGUGAACAUCUUGUAUGCCUUUCUAACGGCUUCUGUGAGCUGAAAAAUCUCAAAGUUCUUAUGAUUAACAGUUGCACAAAUCUAAAGUCUUUGCCAGAAAAUCUCCAAAGCUUGAACUCGUUGGAAUACUUGAAUCUCAAUAAAAGUUAUUUUGAUUCUUACCCUGAAAGUUUCAAUCAACUCACUCGUCUUCAACACCUUGACAUCAGAAAUUGUGAAAACUUUAGAAAGCUCCCAAAACUCCCAGAAACUAUCUGCCAACUAUAUGCAGAUUCUUGUUUUUCCUAUAGAAGAGACAUAGAUGAGUUAGUAGACUUCCCGGAAUUACAAUCAGUAGCAUUCUCUUCCUCUUCGAAAAGGUCAUGGUAUGAUUUUGCUGAGAUGUGUAUUCAUUUUCCAUCUCGUAGAAAGACUCAUUUCAGUGUUACCUAUCCAAUCUACUUUCGUUAUUCCAAAGAUAUCGAUAUCUUGAGAAUAUUCCAAUAUCGAUGCUAUUAUUCAAAUGGUAUCGCCAUUGAUCUCAAUCCCGGCUGGAAUUGUCAAAGCUUUGUGGGAUUUGCGGUAUGUUUCCUUGCAGAAUCAGAAGAUGAUACAUUGGAAUUACACUCCUACAGAGACAUUGUUGAUGUUGAGCAUUGCACAAUCAUAGUCAAAUUGUCAUGCAAAGAUAAUAAAAAUGAAGCUCUCCAAAGAAAAUGUGUCAUUGUCAAAUCAACAGACGACUACGAAGAAGACAGCCUAUGGUUUGCCUACAUACCAUUUAGUGGUUUGUGGCCUGCAAAAUCUAAUAGUGUAACCCCAAAUGAUUUUUCAAGAUUUGAGGUGAACUUUAUGGAUUUGGAAGGGAUUGCACAUUGGGGUUGUAGUUUGUUAUAUGAAAGGAGGAAAAGACCAACAAGUUGGGAUGAUAGUUGUAAAGGAAGUACGACUGAUAUUGGACCCUUGGGCAUGUUGGAAUACUUGAAUCUCAGUGGAAAGAAAUUUGAACAUUUACCUGAAGACAUCAGCCUACUCUGUCGUCUUCAAUACCUUGACAUCAGUGGUUGUAGAAGACUUAGAAGAGAGCUACCAAAACUCCCACCUACUAUAAAGGAACUUUAUGCAACUUCUUAUUUGGCUUCAGAAAGCAACAUAGUUGAGUUAGCAACCAAGUAUUCAAAAUUAUAUUCUGUCUCAUUCUAUCGACCUAUUUAUCCUAAUCUUUGCCCACCCUCUUUAGUACCUGGGGAGUUGGCUAAGAAGUUUAUUCCUAUCACACGGCCUUUUCUAAAUAGAAACACUCCUUUUGCUGUCACCUAUCUUCUUGACUCUUACACUGAUUAUAAAAUCAGUAGAUGCUUCAAAUAUCCUCACCAUGAUCCACACCAUGAUCCUCACAAGAUCUUCGUUUCUCUCGAUCCCUCCUGGUAUAGUCAUAACUUUGUGGGGUUCGUUGUAUGUUUUGUGAUUCCAAGAAAAGUGAGAUGGGAGUCACAACCAAACAUUCGCCCUUUUAUGCAUUGUGAGCUCAUAACCAAACUUACACACAAAGAUAAUGGUAGUGAGCGUCCACUCCAAACCGAAUGUGUGAUUGGCAGACUAAUUGAUGAGGAAUUCAAUUACCCUGGUGAUAUUGUAUGCUUUGUGUACAUACCAUUUAGUAGUCUAUGGCCUAAAUCUAAGGCUAUCACGAAUAGUAUUAGCCCCAAUCAUUAUUUGGUAUUCGAGGCAACAAUUCAAGUUGAUUCAGAAAUUUCAAGUGACUGGAGCUGGUAUCGAAAGAAUAGAGGCUGGAGUUGCGACUUGUUAUAUACAUAUGAUAAAUCAUUAACUGAAGCAAUACGGCAGAAAAGGGAAUCUGGGUCUACUGAGGGUGAUUUAGGCAUAGGAUCUAAAACAGAGGGAGGUGAAGAGGAAGGGGAAGAGGAAGAUGGCAGAUCAAAACAUACAGAAGAUAGUGGUGGAGAUGAUGCAAUUGCACAAGACAAUAGUAAUUCAGGGAAAGAAGGUGAAGAUGAGGAAAUGGGUGAUGAAGAAGGUAGCCACCAAUUGGAGCAAAGAAAGAAGGCCCGUCUCGAUAAGGGCAAGGCUCCGAUAAUUUAAUUUUUCUUUCAUUCAAAAAGAAUUUUCAAAUUUUCUCUUCUUGAUUAUUUGUGCUUGAAGAUUUGAAUUGAAUGUGUCUAUGGAUAUUUGAUGAUUGAUAUGCUUAGCCAAAUUACUUUUUCUUGAAUUCAUAACUCCAUUAAAAUUUUAUACGUGAAAGACUUUAUAUA